UUAAGGAUCUUCAGCAGCUGAAAUACAUGGAUAAAGAGGAAGCCACACAAGUCCCCAGAAGAACAACCAGGUCUUCAGCUUCAUAUUCAGCAUCCACUUCAAAUAAUGUACCUGCAGCAAAAGUAAAUAGCCUUGAACCUCUAACAAUUAAUGAUCUUUUAGUUGGAGGAGACCCCUUUAGCCUAGAUGAUAUAAUUUGUAGUUUUCCCGGUAGAAAUAGCCAGAUUCUAGAGAUUGUGCGGCUUUUGGGACCUUUGAAUUCGCCAAUACUUCCUUUGUUUGUGUAUGGAGGUGCUUCCACUGGAAAAACCAGUAUCAUUCUUCAAUUAUUCAGGCAUCUCAACAGGCCUCUUGUUUACUCUAGUUGUAGGACGUGUUAUAAUCAGCGUAUCUUGUUUGAAUCUAUUAUAAAUCAAUUACUUCUCCAUAGGAAAAAUGGUGCCAAUGGUUAUUUGAGUGCAAAGCGCUGUGAAAGACCAUCUGAUUUUGUCAAUUUUCUUCGGGAAGCAUUGACCAAUGUUAUAAACAAUCUCAAGGAGAAGUCAAAUAAGAUGGUUCAAAGGGGAAUUGGAAAUAUGAUCUACUUGGUGUUUGACAAUUUUCAGCUUGUUAGGGAGUGGGAUAAGAGCUCUACUAUAUUGCCCUUACUGUUUAAUCUCCAUGAUCUGCUAAAGAUGCCUGAGGUGGGUGUGAUUUUCAUCAGCAGUACUUCCCCAGAUACCUUUUACUCUAACAUGGGUUAUGUGGAGCCUAUCCCCAUUUACUUUCCUGAUUACACAGAAGGUGAUAUUCGUCAAAUAUUGUUGAGAAACCAAGCAAACCAGAAGCUAUAUUCCUCAUUUCUGGAUGUAGCUCUGAGGCCUUUUUGUAGAAUUACUAGGCAGGUUGAUGAAUUAUCUACUGCCUUCAGGCCACUAUAUGAAAAAUAUUGUGAACCUUUAAGUGAUAAGGGAGUUGUUCCUGGUGAAGACAUGAAGCGAAGAUUAUUCAGUCACAUCAAGCCUCGUAUUGCCUCCGCUAUGAAUGAGAUAUUUAAGGUUUCAUCUCUUCCUUCAACUGAAGUUGAGACCUGUAAAGAGACAAAGCGGAAGGGGAUUCCCAAGAAAUUGGAACAAUCUGAAGAAAUUGGCGAGCUAGAUUUUCAUAUGUCUACUAGUGCAAAGUAUCUUCUUAUUUCAGCUUUUCUUGCCUCCAGAAAUCCAGCUACUCUUGAUGCUUCACUUUUUGACUCCAAAGGUGGUUCUGACAACCGAAAACGAAAGAGGAAGGCCUCUGCGAAAGAGCUGGAAAAGAAGGAAAGUUUAGAAGAGGAACUACUAAUGAAAGGACCUGGAACUUUCCCAUUGGAGAGGUUGUUAGCCAUCUUUCAAUGUCUUGUAUCAGUUGCAGAAGAGCCCUCUGAUGAGGAAGAACAAAACAAUGAUGGAUUAGGAUUUCAAGGUGGCAACGGUGGACUGAUGUCCGGUGUUCUUUUUCAGUUAUCCAGUCUCUGCAAUGCUAAUUUUAUAUUCAAAGGAAGAAGCUGUCCAUUAGAAGGCUCAACUCGGUAUCGAUCAACUAUAUCUGAAGACUUGGUUUUGAAGGUUGCAAGGAGCCUUAAGUUCCCGUUAUCAAAGUAUUUGUAUAGAGGUUAGUAAUCUUUGACAUUGACGCUUCACAAAGCUUGGAUUGUCAAGUUUUUACUGAUAGAUCUACCAAGAGUGUAUACAAGCUCUACUGCAGUCUACAGUUAUCAACUUGGAAUUGCUGGAAUCCCCUAAGAAUGCUUGAAAUCAAAACCAAUGGUAGAAUGGAUAAUUUUGGCGGUUGCAGUUCAUUGGAUGGAUGGGCUGAGUAUUUUCUAAUGGACAUUUGCGUUAUUAGGGUUUGGUUUGUUGCUCCUUGUCUUCAAUAUGGCUCCAAAAAGCUUUUGUAAUAUUGUGGAUUGAAAAUCAUAUUGCGCUUAGCUGACAUAAAA